CGAACCUGCUCCAGUCCCUAGCUUCCGAUACCGAAACUAGCACACAAAAUCGCCCCCCUAUCUUUCCAUCCUUACGACGUCAGGUCUUGGGAAGAAGGCAGCGAGCUAUAGACGACAGCAAUACCGUCGCUGGCUCGCAGUUAGACCUCUCGGAAGCUUACGCUUCGAAUACCACCCCUGAAGAAACCCAUCGAAGGAAACGAAGACGUUCCGAUACCACCAUGCUCGCAGAGACGGAUAGGCCAGUAGGAGCUAAUGGCACCCAGAAGACCUACUCCAACGGGAAGUCACACCAGCGACCCUCGGUAUCAGGUGCCUCAAAUGGGACACACAAAACAACCACGGCACGAAACGGCUCCUCGAAAGGUAGGCCGUCGACUGAUUAUUGCGGCCAUGAUCGCGAAGAGGUCACCAGGAUACUCAUACAGGCACUCUCGGACAUGGGCUAUCACUCUGCAGCAGAUAGCCUGAGCCAGGACAGCGGGUUUGAGCUGGAAUCCCCGACGGUGGCGGCCUUUAGGGCUGCGGUUCUAGAAGGAGACUGGAAUGAAGCGGAGCGACUGCUUUUUGGAGCGUCCCCGCCUAGCGAUCGGGCUGGCGAGGGAAGCAAUGGGUUGGUGCUGGCCAAGGGUGCAGAUAGGAAUGUGAUGCGGUUCUGGAUACGACAGCAAAAAUUCCUGGAGCUCCUGGAACAAAAAGAGACUACCCGCGCCUUGAUCGUGCUUAGGACAGAACUAACGACGCUGUACUACGACACAAAGAAGUUGCAUUUCCUAUCUAGCUUGCUCAUGUGUCAAUCGGCCGAAGAUCUGAAAUCAAGAGCAGAGUGGGAUGGCGCCUACGGCGACUCCCGGCACGUUCUUUUAUCCCAAUUGUCAAGGUGCAUAUCACCAUCGGUCAUGGUUCCAGAACACCGCCUGGCUAUGCUCUUGCACCAAGUUAAGCGGAAUCAGAUAGCUAGUUGCCUUUGGCACUCGAGCGCCGUACCCCCAUCUCUCUAUGCCGACCAUAGAUGUGACCAGAGUCAAUACCCCGCUGAUAAUGUCAUCGAGUUGGACGAGCAAGACGGUGAGGUCUGGCAGGUCGCCUUUUCCCACGACGGGACGAAGUUAGCUAGUUGCGGGAGCGGUAAGGAUGUCAUCAUAUGGGAGGUGCCCUCCUUCGAACCACUUCAUUUCCUCAAGGGUCAUAGCGGUGGCGUUGGUAAGGUCUCCUGGAGCUGGGAUGACUCUAAGCUUGUUUCGUGUAGCCAGGACAAGCACGCGAUAUUGUGGGACGUCAAUACGGGCACCUUGCUCAAAAGGCUCCAAUGGUGUGACGAGCCAGUUACAAGUUGCGUGUGGGCUGCGGACGACCAGACGUUUGUAACCGGCUCUCUCAACGGUUCCCAAAGCCUCGUCCAAUGGAAUCUAUCUGGGGAAAUGAUACAUGACUGGAAUAACUGUCAUAGAGUUGAGGACUUGGCGGCCUCAUCUGACGGGCGUUGGCUGGUCUCUAUGGACAUGUUGAAUCAUAUCCAUGUUUACAACUUCAUCACUCGUGAACUGGAAUACGAGAUGGAUUUACGAGUCAGAACGACAUCGGUCAGCAUCAGCCAGAACCCUAGACACCUUUUAGUGACCCAUCAGAACGGCGUGGCGCAACUCAUCGACCUCGUCAUUCGAGAACCAAUUCAAAAUUACACGGGAUUCACCGGCGGUGAGUUCACGAUAAGGAGUUCCUUCGGUGGAGCGGAUGAAAGCUUCAUAAUUAGCGGGAGCGAAGAUGGCUCCGUCUACGUCUGGCACAAGGCUAGUGGGCAGUUGGUAGAGAAGCUCGUCGGCCAUACCCCUAGAUGCAACUCGGUUUCGUGGAGCCCAGUGGACCCGUGUCUCUUUGCGACGUGCGGAGAUGACGGGAAGAUUAAAAUAUGGUCUAAUGGCGACUGGCGGCGCAUACAUCGGGAAACAAGUCGGAGCUCUAACGGGUCUUGAGAGCGACCUCUACGGAGCUAUCUUCAGACUCGUGUCGAGUCUGGUUUCACGGUAUAGCACACCUGCAUGG